AAGUAGUGCAGCGAGAACAUUAAUCAAAUUAAGACAUACUAGUGAGACGGUGCCAUCUGAUAUACUAAAAGCUUCCCAUAGAAAGCAAGGUUUCUGUCUUUUGCAUAUUUGCAGCUUGAUACUGUCAGUUAGCAUGUCAUUGAUAACUUUUAAAGCUGGAAAGCUUCGUAGAAUUCCAGGAACCAAAAUUCUUCGAGCGGAUCCUGCGAAAGGAUUUAUCUCUAUGACUAGAGAUGCCGAUGGUUUAACGCAUUUUCAAUGGGGAAAGAGAGAUGAGAUGGAUGCACCUGAAGAUGAUAUAGUUGUGUUUCCUUCAGAAUGUACCUUCGAAAAAAUUGAAGAGUGCCCGAAUGACAGAGGUUACAUGUUGAAAUAUCCAUCUUCAACACUGUCACUAUUUUACUGGAUGCAAGACGUAGACGCUUCUAACGACCAGAUUUACGCAUCUCGGAUAAAUUCCAUUAUUCGAGAACAGGAUUAUCAAGAAUCAGCACGUUCAGACGUAGCUACAGUUUCCGACGCGAUGGAUAUGGAUACGACCGAACAAAACGAAAACAUCACUCAAUCUCAAACAAACCAAGAACAGCUUCCUUCUUCAGACGCUCAAGAUUCUCACAUGAACGAAGCUUCUGCCUCAGAAACAGUUCGUAAUUUAUUGAAUAAUAUCUCUUCUCAGCGGUCCCUUACUACAGUGGACUUGGCCGAUGUUUUGAAGCCCUCUAAUGUCAGAGAACUAUUAUCUCAAGAAGGCGCUGUUGAUCAAUUGAAGCCAUAUCUUCCUCCUGACACACCGGCCACCGUGGAAGCUGUAAUGGAAGUUUUAAAUAGUCCUCAAUAUGCUCAAGCACUUAGGUCGCUGAGUCAAACCCUGAAUUCGCCUAACGGUUUGGAGGUCAUUUCCGCUCUUGGUUUAUCGCUUGACGAAUCUGCUUCCCCCAGCGAGGUUGGUGCCCUGCAAUUCCUAAAGGCCAUUGCUCGCCAAGUCAAGGAAAACGAAGAUCGCAAACAGCAGUAAAAUAGCUUAAAGAAAAGGAUCAUUGUGACCACUGAAUUCCAAAAUACAAGCUUUCUUUAGGAUGAAAAUGAUAGAAAUCACUUACGAUUGCGAAAAGCAGUCUUAAAUGUGAAUUCAUUCGUGCCAUGUGAGAUGUCGAAAAGAAACGAGUCUAUAUGAGUUGAAAAAAAGAGAAAACGAUAAAACGAGUUACUAAAUAAGAUGAAUUCUUCAUGCCGAAACCAAAUAAUAGUACGGUCG